UUAUCGUCAUAAAUUGUUACGUUUGCUGACCACCACUUCGUCCAAAAUGGCUGGCAAAGAGAGCAAGAAAUCGUUGCUCUCGACUCCCGGUGGCGGAAAAGUCGGCAGAUCUUACGGUAGCACCAAGAAGUUAACUCUCCAAGAGCGAUACUUCACCCACCAAGUCUCUCCCAACGAUACUCUUCAAGGAAUUUCUCUAAAAUAUGGCGUAACGAUGGAACAGAUCAGAAGAGCAAACAAGCUGUACACCAACGACAGUCUCUUCCUUAGAAAAACACUCAACAUCCCUGUAUCUGAACCACAACCCACUGCUUCCACCUCAUUGGUCAACGGGUUGGGCCAGUCUGACAUUCUGCCCAAUCACAGCGCAAUAUUAGGGUCCCCGUUCGAACCAACCAAUCAGGACAGACCAACAAAUGAUGGUACAACGAAUGGAAGCAGAGACUUAGAAACAACCAAUCAGACAUCAAACAAAGAUGAACCAGUAGCCAAUGAGAGUAAAGGAGCAAGUGCAGCCUCUUCUGGAGUAACCAAUAAGGAUGAAGCAUCUUCAGUGACAGACUUCCUAAAGAAGUUGGACUUGCAGAUAUCAGAAAGGAAAAGUGCAGUACAAAAACUGAGUGAAAAUAAAAGUGAUUACGAUCUUGACGGGCUCGCUGCAUCGGCAGAUCCCUGGUCAGCCUCGAGUUACCAAAGAAGGAGAACCAACAGCACGGAUGAACCCUCCUUGUACUUUAAGAAGUCCAAAGGAAGGAGGAAAGGCUUCCUGACGUCCAGCCACACCAGCGGCAUGCUUGACCAACUGGACAAGGGGAAUGCGGACGACCUCUUUCAGUUGUAGAAUACAGCAAAGUCAAAAGUAGCCCUCAGAUUGAUAUUGAUAGAAAUAUUCGUAUUUUAGGGUUAGAAAUACUAUUGUGGUUGCACUCUGAUAAGUCAUUUUACUGUGAUGCAUUCUGGGUGGAGGUCAAAGUUUAAGGCCCCUGCACAAUGUAUGCUAAUGGCCUAAAGCUUUGACAUCUAUAUAUACCCAUAGUGCAUCACAAUGUACGUCGAACUGUGAACUGGCAUAUAGUCUGAAGUUCACUCUGAUCCUCUGAUUGUUUCCCUGCAGAAUAGUGUUGCAUUCUCCCCAUUUAAACUCCUCCCUUAGCUAGUUUUGGCAUUGAAUAUCUAUUAUUGUAUUGUACCAGGACACCAUAUACACCUUUGGGUUCCUUUAUUAGAAGUGGGGUCAAAAUUUUGACUGCUUGUUUGAUCCCAUUACCAGUCAGUUUCUUAGCCAAUCAGAGCUCUCGUCUAUGUUUCAUUCAAAUAUUUAAAUGUCAGUCAUUCAGACAACUUAAUUGGUGCCAGACUACUAGUAUUCUGCUAGGAUUAGCGAUCAAAAGAGUGAACAGAGUUAACAUAUGAUGGAUACCAGGCUAGUGCUUUAGGAAAUGAUAAUAGAGAUUUGCAUGCAUGUACUGUCAAACCUAUAUUAGGGGUCACCUUUGUAUAGUGGCCACUUUUUGUCAGUCCCUUGGGUUUUUCCCAUUGACCUAAGCAUUAACAGAGAAAUUGGCCAGUUUGCGUUUAGUUUUUACGGUUGCAAAUUGCUUGAACUGUAAAUCUAAAAAUGACCUACAUGUUCAAUGAAUAUGUGGGUAAAGAUCA